AUGUCUGGCUCCUAUGACGAGGCCUCGCUCGCUCCGGAGGAGACCACCGACAGCUUCUGGGAGGUGGGGAACUACAAGCGGACCGUGAAGCGCAUCGAUGACGGGCACCGGCUGUGCAACGACCUGAUGAACUGCGUGCAGGAGCGCGCCAAGAUCGAGAAGGCGUAUGCGCAGCAGCUCAACGACUGGGCCAAGCGCUGGCGCCAGCUCAUCGAGAAAGGCCCACAGUAUGGCAGCCUGGAGCGGGCCUGGGGUGCCAUGAUGACGGAGGCAGACAAGGUGAGCGAACUGCACCAGGAGAUGAAGAACAGCCUGCUGAACGAGGACCUGGAGAAGGUCAAGAACUGGCAGAAGGAUGCCUAUCACAAGCAGAUCAUGGGCGGCUUCAAGGAGACCAAGGAGGCGGAAGACGGCUUCCGCAAGGCCCAGAAGCCCUGGGCGAAGAAGAUGAAGGAGCUAGAGGCAGCCAGGAAGGCCUACCAUCUGGCCUGCAAAGAGGAGAAGCUGGCCAUGACCCGGGAGAUGAAUAGCAAGACGGAGCAGUCGGUGACACCCGAGCAGCAGAAGAAGCUGCAGGACAAAGUGGACAAGUGCAAGCAGGAUGUGCAGAAGACGCAGGAGAAAUAUGAGAAGGUGCUGGAUGACGUGGGCAAGACCACACCCCAGUACAUGGAGGGCAUGGAGCAGGUGUUUGAACAGUGCCAGCAAUUUGAGGAAAGGAGGCUGGUCUUCCUCAAGGAGGUGCUGCUAGACAUCAAACGUCACCUCAACCUAGCUGAGAAUAGCAGCUAUGUUCAAGUGUACCGGGAGCUGGAGCAGGCCAUCCGGGGGGCCGACGCCCAGGACGACCUCAGAUGGUUCCGCAGCACCAGCGGCCCUGGCAUGCCCAUGAAUUGGCCCCAGUUUGAGGAGUGGAACCCAGACCUCCCACACACCACCACCAAGAAGGAGAAACAGCCCAAGAAGGCAGAGGGGGUAGUGCUGACCAAUGCUGCUGGGAUGGUGGAGUCCACAUCCCAGGCUGGGGACCGUGGCAGUGUUAGCAGCUACGACAGGGGCCAGACUUACGCCACUGAGUGGUCGGACGACGAGAGCGGGAAUCCAUUUGGGGCAAAUGAGGCCAACGGGGGCUCCAACCCCUUCGAUGAAGACGCCAAGGGAGUGCGUGUACGGGCGCUCUACGACUACGACGGCCAGGAGCAGGACGAGCUCAGCUUCAAGGCUGGAGAUGAGCUCACCAAGCUUGGCGAGGAGGACGAGCAGGGCUGGUGCCGCGGGCGGCUGGACAGCGGGCAGCUGGGCCUCUAUCCCGCCAACUACGUGGAGGCCAUCUAG